UGUUGGUUACUUCAAAGACGUUAUCGACCACACGCUGAAACCAACUCCGCGCCGUCGGUCACCUUCACAGGUCGUGUCUCCACCUCAAACAGAUGUAAUUUCAAUUUCCGUCUCUAAAACCACAUUAACGCGUGAACGCAAGGGCAGCAUUAAAGGACAACGGCAUAUAACUGAAGAUGAACUUGGCACUCCUGUGAAUAUAUACUUGGAGCACAGAGAUCAUCUGGAACAGGACAAGAAGGCAAGAGUUGAUCUAGAUACAAAGUUGAUAAAGGAGAGUUUGUAUGUUCCCAAUGUUUCUCCGGAUGCUGUUGUCAGUCCGACCUUCAAAACUCCAGAGUCAAGUGGGCCUAGUACACCAACUAAUACGGAUUGGGAUUUCAGCAUCUGGCUUGGAGAUGGAAUGAGAAAAGAUUGUUUCUACGAUUGGUAUGGCGGAAUGGGAACCCACGGAAUAAUGUACACGUCAUUCGAAGGAUAUCACGGCCUGGGAAUU